UCAAUUAAACCCCAGGAGCACAUAUUGAUUGAUAGCUCUUUGUGAUGGUGAUUGAGGGAUGGAAUAAUGGUGCAAAGAAUGCGUGCAAACUGAUAGUGAGGCGUAGGGAGAGAACAAAACCACAACAAAAACAUGGAAAGUAGCAAUUAUUAAUCAAACAUAUAAACAACACCACUGCGUUAGCGGGCGCUUAUCGCGGGAGAAACGUGGAAGCAACGAUCCUUAUUUGCAUCACAGCGGUCAAAUGGUUAUCUCGAGCGGAACUGGCCUUGGUGCACGCAUUUGGAAUGGGUGAAGAAUAAGGUAGUGAAUAAACAGCUAGGCUCAGUCGAUCCGUAGGUCAGUUCCUGGGCAGGUUGAGCAGCCUCAGCUCUGCUUUUACCAACAAACCUUAAGAUGUAUCUCAAACUUCUUGGUCUGCUUACAUUGCUUGUGGUUGCAAUAGACAGUGAGUUACAAGAAGUGACCACACCUAUCAGCACCUCCAGCGAGGAAGAAACCAACGCUGGCGUAAUAUUCUCAAACGCCACCACACUUAUCAUCGAAGAUGGCGCGCUGGAGUUGAUCGAACCGGCACUUUUUGAGUCCUUCCCUAACCUUACGCACCUUCAACUAAGUCCCCGUGUACGCAACAUCCAACCCAACGCAUUUGCUUCCCUAAAAGCACUCACCAGUCUCAACCUGGACAACAACCUGUUCGCUACUGUGCCGCGGGAAGCGCUCUUCGCCCUAAGCACGCUUAAAACCCUUUCAAUCGCCAACAACCUGCUCGAAUCGCUCGAUGAUGGUGAUGUGUUUUUAAGCCUAGCCCGUCUGCAAAGCCUAUCACUCGGCAGUAACCUCAUCCACCGGCUACACCCUCAGUCGUUUGCUCGCCUGGCGGAGCUUAAACUACUCAACGUGAGCUGGAAUCGGCUCACAUCAUUCGAAAGCAUAAUCCUACCCCGGGAAAACCAACUCCAAGUGCUCGAUUUAAGCUACAAUUAUGUGAAACUGCUCAACGUGUCCACCUUCCAUCGGUUGCCCGCUCUCGGCGAGCUAUCGCUCGCCGGCAAUCAGUUCGAAUCGUUGCACCCGAGCACCUUCGCCACACUGCGCCACCUAAGCCGGCUCGAUUUAAGUGAUAAUUUUUUCCAAUCACUUCCACCGAGGCUUUUCACCUCGAACCGGAAGCUGGUGGAGCUGAAUCUGGCGGCCAACCUGCUCGACACGCUGCCCGGCGACCUGUUCGCUGGGCUGAAGCAUCUUACAGCGUUAAACUUACGCAACAAUCGGCUUACCAAGCUGCCGGCAACCAUCUUCCGCGAGCAGCCACCGUUCGCGCAGCUCACCCUCGAAGGCAAUCGCAUUGAGCGCUUCCCGUCCGACUGGCUGCAAGCCUCCGCCGACGUGCUGUUGCAAAACAACCGGCUCGCUCGAUUGCGGAAGUUUGCACCGUCCGCGAACGGGACGGUUGUGCGGCGCCUGUUUCUGUAUGGUAAUGAGAUUGCCACCGUCGAGCAGGAUGUGUUCCGGGCGGUGCCAAAAUUGGAAACACUUUACCUGGAUUAUAAUCGCAUCGACGAGCUGUCGCCGAUGGUAUUCCACACGAACCACGAGCUGCAGCACGUGACCCUUUCGCACAACCGGCUGGCGGUGCUGCGGACGAACACGUUCGCCGGGCUGGCCCGGCUCCACUCGGUCGAUCUGUCGUACAAUCGGCUCGCUGCCAUCGAGGAAUCGGUCUUCCACGGCUCGCCGGUUGAGUAUUUGAAUCUGAACGGCAAUCGGUUGCGAACGCUCGACGAGUGGAGCUUUUCCGGCACGCGCUUGCUGUACCUGUACGUGGACUCGAACGCGAUUGGUGCGGUACAAGUGGGUGAAGGAGAUGUGCUGGAAGGAUUGGUAGAACUUUCGGUCGCCAGCAAUCGACUCGACCGGUGGCAGGAGCUUUGUGCGAGAAACUUUUCCCGCCUGUCAGCCCUGAACUUGGCGAACAACUCGCUUCCCUCGCUGGAGCAGGCAAGUGGUUGCCUGGGAGAACGGACCAACUUGGAUCCUGUUACGGUUAAUGUUGGUUUGAAUAAGGUUUCGCUGAUUCCGGAGUUUGCUGGGCCCAUUCGUUCGUUGGAUCUUAGCGGGAAUAGCGUGGAAGAUCUGGAAGGUAGACGUCGGUUCGAGAGAUAUCAACAAACGGAGGUGCUUCUUCUGCGAAAAACAUCAUUAAGAGCGCUCAAUUCGGGGAACUUUGCAUUUCUACCCCAUCUUACGGAGUUGGCCGUUAGCUCCAAAUUUUUAGAGACCAUUGAGGAGGAUACUCUACUUGGGCUUAAGCUUCAGAGGUUAGAACUAACUGAUUCUCCGUUAAAAACUCUUCCAAACUAUCUUCUUAAAGCCCAGCGGAAUAUUUCCUAUCUUUCUCUCGCCAACAACGAGCUCACGGCACUGCUCUCCACCUUCUUCACCGAUUGUGUCCGCCUGGAAGUGGUGGAUCUUUCCGGGAACGCCCUAUCAACUGCAGACAAAGCUUGGUUCGAGCCCCUGGAACACCUUAAGUCAAUCAAUCUCGAAGACAAUCGAAUUACCCAGCUGCCGGCCGAUCUUCUCUCCCCGGACACACAUGCGCUCGAGCUGCUUUCCUUCGCCGGAAAUGCGCUGCACACCGUCUCCGAUGCAGCGUUCCUCGCGGACGUCCCAAUUAGGGCGCUUAACCUUUCCAGCAAUCGGCUGGAAGAGGUGACGCUUCUUGCCCGCAACGAGUUCAUCACCCAGCUGGACGUGUCGGGUAAUCGGUUGAAGCGGUUGCUGUUACGACCCAACUAUCGCACGCUGGUAGCAAACGCGAACCAAAUCGGCACCCUCGAGUGGGACCGCCACUACCACGCCAAGUCCUGCCAGCUUGAGCUGCUCUCUCUGGCGGACAAUCUUCUGGAGCGGCUCGAUCAACGUGUCUUCCAGCUGGCAACGAUGGUCGCGCUGGAUGUGUCUGAGAACCGGCUCGAUGCGUUCCCGUUCGACCAGCUGCAUUGGCUGAAACGGUUGACGGUACUGAACGUUUCCCGCAACAACAUACGCACCCUGCCGGUGAUGGACGCGGGCGAAAGGUUUAAGCUCGACUGGUUGGAUUUGUCCGAGAAUCCGCUCGAGCAGGCGGAGCUGGAACACUUCCUUGGGUCGUGUGUUGUGAACGAUCUAGUGGCGAAUAUUGCGUAGUCUGCCGUAGCCCAAGACUCUGUAGGUGGCCAUUGAUGAGAAGGUGAUGGAGCGGCAGCUAUUUAUAGCGUAAAUGAAGGUGUCUAAAUAAAACCGUGAAACCGUGUGCCGUGUAAAUGUCGGCUUGUGAAUGGCUUUUGUUACUCUGCGGAAUGACUUUAC